UCUGUACGUUACUGAUCAGUAAGAUGGAAAACAAUUUUCUAUUUUAAAUAAAGAAAAUAAAACAAUAACUAUUUAUCAAGUUGUGAAACAACAAAGAAAGUUAAGUGCGUAAAAAACGACAAUUGAAAAUAAUCUACAAUUUAUUUCACUUGCUGAAAAAAGUGAAAAAAUAAGUGACAAAAUACAUCUAACCUUCGUUUCAUUGUUGCUGGCGAUGAUUGCUGUCUGUCACUGAUACACACAUUUACUUAAAAAUAAUUUUUAAAUGACAACAACAUCAUUUGAUGAAUUGACAAUUUUGACGUGCGAGAAUUCUAUAUAGAUUUUUGUGAAAUUAAAGACUUUUGGUGAAGGACAAUGUUAGAGUGCAUUUGUCAAAGGUAUAAUUACACUGAGAAAUUGAAGAAAUUAGUAGAAUUAUUAAAAUGACGAAGAAUAAUAGUGACAUUAAUGCUCAAACUCACGAAACCUUGAGAAAUAAUUUUGAAGGUUAUGACGGAGUCGAUGAGCUGUCAAAAUAUGUGUCAAAACGGCGAGAAAUGCAUGUGCUUGUGGCGUGGAAAUGAACGUGUUUCUUUUACAUUUGAAGAUCCAUUAAAUGGAUGUAUUAAAAAAUUGAGCAAUGUCAAGGAGCAUAUUUUUCUUGCGACAUCAACAUUCGACUUGUAUCAUGGAACAGUUUUAUGCGAGACAAAUCCAUCGUCUGAUACUAUUUUGUUCUCGAUUACGUUUAAAAGAGCUCAAUUUUAUGCUGUUGAUAUAGAUGCUAAUAGUGAAUAUUUAUUUAUAGUUAAUGCCGAUGGCCAUGUCUUGAAAAUAAAUCCCCAGGAUCUUAAUAUUGUACAGACUAUUAUUCUUAAGGAUGACAUUAAAUUCUGUUGCCAUGGUUACGAGCAGGAUAAUGAGAUAUCGAAAAUAAAAACAAUAGCUGUUAAUGAUGAUUCAGCUCUCUUUGCAACUGAGAAUGGACAACUUUGGGCGAGUGGUAAUCAUCCGGAAUUGGAAAUAAAUUCCGUGGAACCAAAAAAAGUGAUAUUUUUCGAAGGAAGAGUUGUAUUCGAUUUGGCGUGUGGCUUUAAUUUUCAUGCCGUUAUUGUUAGAAAAAUUAAUCGUACACUAAAAGAAGACACGGACAGUGAAAAUGAACUCGACGAUCAAGUAUUUGUAAAAUCAUGUCCACAAUGUUUGAAUAAUGCAAUGAUUAGUCCAGUGAGUGUGGCAUCAUCAGACACUUAUCCCAUGGGACAUCACGUUCAAAAUUUCAGCGAUCGUUCUUCAAAUUCAUUGAGCGCAAUUUCAAGUGCAAGUAAAGAUGAUGUUCUAAUUUGUAGUGUCUCGGAGAAUUUGAGCAAUUAUCACGAGCCACUUGUCAAUGGAAUUUCCGAAUCGGAGAAAAAGAAUGUCAUGUUCAUCAAUACAGAGGCGGCGAAACAAUUUUUAACACGACAAUUGUCCUGGGUUUCAUCCUAUGGAAGUGGAAAGGACGAAAUAUAUAUUGACGGUGCCGAUAAUCCGACAAAUUUGCUAAAACAAAAUGUUUCAAAUAUGGCAAAUUUAGUGUACGAGGGUGUGAAAACGGUGGGCGAUAAAGUUGCGACAUUAUCUAGACAUGUGAGUGGAAGUUCAGAUGUUAAUGAUCAAGAGAAUGAGAAAGAUUUGGCUAAAAUUGAGGAGAAUAAACGAACGCAGAGUAGUUUAAUUCAUAGUUUGCGAUGUGAGGAAUUUCCCUGGUCAUCGAGCGCUGGAUCGUCGGAGCAUGAACUCUCUCAACAGGGUUUAAAUGAAAGGAUUAAUCUCCUUGUUCGCGAGGGUAAUAAUUUACUGUCAACUGAACUUUGGACCUGGGGUGAUGUGAAACACGGUCAAUUGGGAACUGGUGACACUGUUAAACGACCGAGACCAGUUUUAGUGACAAAAUUAUCGCAAACUGGUGUUAAAAAAAUAUCCUGCGGCUCGUUUCACACAGUUGCGAUAACACUCGACGGCCGAGUAUUCACCUGGGGUAGAAAUAAUUGCAAGCAAACCGCAAAUGAAUGGAAUUCCUGUCAAAGUGCUCCUCUAAUGUUCACCACGUCAAGAGUUUCAAAAUUAUCGAAUUAUCCCAGUAAUGAGAGAGCAAAGGACAUGUCAGCUGGAACUGAACACACUUUUAUUUUAAUGCAACCGGCCUUAUUACUUUUUCUCGGAAGAUUUCAUUAUUCCUACGAUGGUGUCAAUAAAAUUGAUUCAUCGAGUGAAUUAUGUGGAGUUUAUGACGCUUCAAAUGUUGAGGAUUUCUCAUGGAAUAGUUUGAGUCGUAUUCUAUGCUCGGGACCGUUCAGCUGUUGUACAACAACAAGUCCAUCGGCAAACGAAAUAUCCGAGGAUUUCAUAAAUGAACAAAUAUUUCUCGAAGAAUUAAUAUCAUUUUAUCAACAUUUAAUUCGACCAUUUCAAAAAAAGGGCGCUGCGGCAAAUGAAUCGAAUGUUUAUGAAACACUUUGUCGAUGUUACACUGAAUUAAUGAAUAUCACGGCAUUAAAUGUUCAAAGUUUAUCCGAUUAUUAUAAUAAUAUGGGAAAAACUUAUGAAGUUACAAUUAUUGCAAAUGUCGAUGAAUGUGUCGCUAUUUAUAAAUAUUAUUUAAAUGCUAUUUGUGAUGUUAUAUCGCUCAGUGGUUUUACGCAUAUUGCAAGAAUAAUUGAACUACCUCAGGCAAUGCCAAAAAAAUUACACGAUUUAAAAGCACUGGGAACGAGGAAAAUUAAUAAUGAAAAUGUUAUUGCAACUUCAUUGCAAAAUCCAUUGUUUGGUCUCAAUAGAUAUAAAACGAUGAUAAAUAAUUUAAUAAAGUGUAAUGGUUCAAAAAUGGGUAUUGAACGACUCAAGGAGGCAUUAAGUAAAUGGGAGAGGAUUAUUGAUGAACAAGAGAAACGACAGAGAGAAGCUGAGAUUACGAAACAAUUUUGGGAAGGAUCGGGAAAGUUGAUUGAAUUAUUGAGAUCGCCAGAGAGAAGAUUAAUUAGAGAGUCGAGAACUCAUCCAAUAUCGGUAUUGAAUUCGGGAAGAUUUACAACUCAUUGGUUUGUUUUAUUGACUGAUAUUUUUAUUCAUAUCACUGGAAGUUCGCAUGUUUCUUAUCCACUGCCAACACUGUGGGUGGAACCUCUUCAGGAUUCAGAUACACUACAGAAUGCACUAUCAGUGACAACACCGGAAAGUAAUAUUACACUUUAUGCUCCUACGGCUGUGGCGAAAAAUGAAUGGAUGCAAUCGCUUCAUGCAGCGAUAAAUUGCAGUUUACCGAGAGUCGUUGGCCAUAAGCCACCAAUGGCUCGAAAUAGUACCUUCACAUUUACAAAGCAUCCAGUUUAUAAGGAUGCUAAAUAUACGGGUCGCUGGUUUAAUGGGAAACCAGACACAGAUGAAUCUUAUGGUCAAAUGGAUUGGCCCGAUGGUAGAAUGUAUAAAGGACAAUUUUCCAAAGGUGUUAUAAAUGGUUAUGGAACAAUGCACAAUUUGACGCAAGGAAUUUAUAAGGGCCAGUGGAAGGACGGACAACAAAAUGGUUAUGGAACUAUGAAGUACAUGAAUGGAGAUGUUUACGAAGGAUAUUUCAAAGAUGGGAGUCCGCAUGGUCAUGGGACGAAAAAAGAAGGUCAUUUUAUGGCUUCUGCCGCCUCUGUCUAUAUUGGAGAAUGGGUGUCCGGAGUAAAACAAGGCUACGGAAUCAUGGAUGAUAUUAUAACGGGUGAAAAAUAUAUAGGCUCUUGGAGCAAUAAUAUGAAACAUGGCUGUGGAUUAAUUGUGACAUUAGAUGGAAUUUACUACGAAGGUGUCUUCGUUCAAGAUGUUUUAACGGGUUAUGGCGUGAUGGUUUUCGAGGAUGGCACACAUUACGAAGGAGAAUUCAAAUCGGCUGGUAUUUUUUGUGGAAAAGGGACUUUAACAUUUUUCAGUGGCGAUAAAUUAGAGGGAAAUUUAAGUGGAGCUUGGAAUGAGGGAAUUAAAGUUAACGCGACAUUGCAUAUCAAAAAAGCUAAUGACAAUUCGCAUAAUACACCUAAACCAACUUGCUUUGGAAAAUUAUUCACACCACCGGAAUUACCAAAAUCAUUUGGAAAACUUUGUGUGCCUCCUGAUCAAAAAUGGAAAGCAAUAUUUCGUCACUGUUAUCAGCAGCUCGAUGUACCUGAACCUGGAAAUAAAAGUGCAGUUAAAUUCAAUGAAACACAAAAAUUAUGGGACAAUGUUGCGGUUAUUAUUUCAAAUUCAUAUCAUAAGAAAUUGAAAUUUAGUAAAACAACAAAAGACUCAAUGAAAAAUGAAGUGGCAAUAGAUACUUUAUCAAAAAUACCAGAUUUUGGAAGAGAUAAAUUAAAUUUAACAAUUUAUGAUGAAAUUCAUCAAUAUUUGUCGAUAGCAUUUGAAAGUAGUCAUCAUCCAUUGGGAAAAUUAUUAACGGAACUCACAACAGUUUAUACUGCCACUUAUGGAGGAGUGAGAGUUCAUCCGUUAUUAAAAACUCAUGCAGUUAAUGAAUUAAGAAGUCUCACUACAAGAAUUUAUGAAAUUAUUACUCUAUUCUUUCCGGCAAUGCCAGAAAAUGGUGGUGAAUGUCUAUCGGUAAUUGAGAAACUUGAGGAUGUCAAAGAAAUGUCGUCUGAUGAAACGAAUAAGGGAGAAUUAUCUAAACCGCAGGAAUUAGAGGAACGAAAAGUGAGAAUUGAUGCAGCAAUUUUGCAUCCAGUUUUGCUUCCAAGAGUUCAUUCAGCUCUAUUUUUCCUCUACGCUUUGGAUAAUAAAAAGGACGACGAUGCUUAUUGGAAGCGACUAAUUAAAUGGAAUAAGCAACCCGAUAGUACUUUAACAUCUUUUCUAGGCAUUGAUCAAAUAUUCGGCGAAAGUAACUCAGUUGAACAAGAUUCUAAAGAACCACUAUUUAGUAAGGCAAUUGAAACUUUGCAACAAUUGAAGACAACAUUUACGCCCUUGGAGAAAUUGAAAGUAGUUCAUAAUACAGUGAAGCAAGUGGAGCAGGUGGCUAAAGCGAAAAUGGGUUCUUCCUAUAAUUUAAUAAUGGACGAUCUGUUUCCUGCUUUUAUUUACGUGGUAGUAAGAGCUAGUGUUCUUCAGUUGGGAAGCGAGAUUAAUUUUAUUACCGAUUUCAUUCAAGACUCACGUUUAGAGAAUGGCAAAUUUGAUUUUGCAUUCACCACUCUCACGGGCUCUUAUCAUUACAUUCUUCACGAGAAGAUGACAAACGAAUGAUGCAGAGAAAGUGGAGUUUUGUCUGCUGUGCAAACUGUGAGAGCAUCUAAAAAACUAUGAACAAUAUUUUCUUCAAAGCAAAGCCAAUGACUUCUGUGAUUAUAGAGAUAUCAGGCUAUUAGAACCUUAUUAUUUUUAUCUACAUAGAACAGAACAAUAGCAACAAAAAUAUGUGCCAGGAACAGAGUCCAAUUGUGUUAUAUUUUGCAUACACUUAAAUAUUUUUUCAAAUUGGUACAAAAACCUUACCAAUUUUAAAAAAAACUGAUCUAGUCCCUCUUUCAUCGACUAAAAAAAUCGAAGAUUUUCAUUUCUUGAAUUUAAUUUUCUUGACUAUGAUUUAAAAAUGAAAAUUGAAUUAAUUAUACAC